UCGUUAAAUCAAUGGUGAAAGACCAUGAAUUUAAUUAUUCAUUACUAUAAUAUAUUUUUUUGUGUUCUAAUUCUCGCUCGAAUAAUUUUUUUUUUCUUUCCUAACAUAAAUUCAAACUGAGAUGAAAUUGAUUACAUUGGGAAUAAAGAAUGCCAAAUCCAUCAUAAAAUUCACUUGUGAGUGGCGUAUCCCGCCUCCGCCGUCGUCCCUCCGGCCAUCUCUCCGACUUGCGAACCCGAGCGAAUCCCCAUUUCCCUUCCCAAGAUGUUCCGCCACAGCACCCGCACCCUCUCCCGGUCGAUCAAAUCCCGGACAUUUUCCACUGAAACCCCGGCUCCGGCCGACGACGCCUUCACCAAGGCCUGGAGAAGUGCGAUCCCCGACAUUGAACCCCCUAAGACGCCGCUUUCCUUCAUGCAACCUCGGCCUCCUGCCCCUUCCGAUAUCCCCUCUAAACUUGCCGUCAAUCUCGUCCUCCCGUAUGCCCCUGAUUUUCUCAACAAAGAGGUUGACAUGGUGGUUAUUCCUGCAACAACUGGUGAGAUGGGCAUUCUUCCGGGACAUGUAUCAACAAUUACGGAGCUGAAAUCUGGUGUUCUCUCGGUUCAUGAUGAAAAUGGUGUGAAAAAGUAUUUUGUUAGUGGUGGAUUUGCUUAUAUUCACUCAAACUCCUACACGGACAUCAUUGCUGCUGAGGCAGUGCCGAUUGACCAACUGGACGAUGCCUUGGCAUUAAAGAGACUUGCUGAGUACAAUCAGAAGCUGAAUUCAGCCUCUACUGAUCUGGAGAUAGCCGAAGCCCAAAUUGGUAUAGAUGUAUAUAGGGCUAUUAACGUCGCUCUCUCAGGGUAGUUCAAUGCAAGUAGAGAUCAUUCUCUUCUUUUGGACGUGGCAUGUUUGUAGAUUAGUCGAAUCAGUAUCCCAAUGUCUUAGGUAUCACCAUAUAUAAACUCGUCUCAGGGCUAAUUCUCCACCUCUCAACCUUGCUUUAUUUACGUUAAUCUAGUCCUAAGUAUACAUAAUUAUCUCCCUUGAACGACCUUUUUGUUUGGAAGUUGGUACUGGGUUAGCCAAGAGCGCGAAUCAGUAGAAUUUUGAAACCGUCGAGGCCAUAUUUCAAUCUGUGACUGCUCAUACCAGGUGAUGAGUACUGAUGACAAUCAAUCUGUUCUGUCCACGCCAUAGUUAUGGGUGGUCUGAGCUUAUAAUAGUUGCAUGCAUUUCUUCUGGUGAAAUAGUACUUCUCCUUUAGUAAGAGAAACAAAAAUAUUGUGCAUGAACCAAAUGGAGAUUCAGGUCCCCUGAAGGGGAAAAAAUGAGUAGAAUUAUGGGUCAUUGUGUGGUACUGUGGUCCUAAACCCAGAAACCUGCAAUUUCUGUGAUCAAAGAAUACUAGAAACCCAUUGUUUUGCCAUGCCGAAAUCCUGGACUAACAGAAGUACUAAUUAAUUAUGACCAACAGAUAAGAAC